AUGACCGGCAUCAAAUUUAAUGAUGGGAAGGAAACACAAGUGCCAUUACAGCUUGAGAAUGCUCUCAUUGAGCCCAAAGAAAGGAGCCAAAAAACCACCCGAGCAACGAUAAAAUUCACUUUAGUGACAUUGACUGUACUUUUCACCAUUGGAUACAUUAUCAUCAUAGACAGGCCACAUCGGUUAGCUUUGCAGCGACUUCCUCAACCAGAGCAAGCUAUGUCUCCAGAAAAUCCUCUCGAAUACACUGAACGCUUCGUGCAAUUUCUAGAGAAAUUUGGCAAAGAUUACAAGGAUAAAAAGGAAUUGCUGCGAAGGUUCAAGCAUUACGAGAAACAUAUGAGAGAUGUAGCUGAAUUGAACAGAAAAAAAGCCCAUGGUGCUGAAUAUGGGGAGAAUGAGUUGAGCGACUGGAGCGAAGAAGAAUUCAAAAAGAUGCUUCUGCCGUUGUCGUUCUACAAGCGGCUUCGCGAGGAAGCAACAUUUAUCAAAAAUGAUCCACCCAGACUCGAACGCGCACAGCCACCACCAGAUUUCUUCGACUGGAGAGCCAAAAAUGUCAUUUCUCCCGUAAAAGCACAAGGCAACUGUGGGUCCUGUUGGGCUUUCGCUGCUACGGCUACAGUAGAAGCCGCUUGGGCUAUCGCUCAUAAGGAAAUGCGAAAUCUUUCGGAGCAAACAUUGUUGGACUGCGAUCUGGCCGAUAAUGCUUGUGAUGGAGGAGACGAGGAUAAAGCAUUUCGCUACAUCCAUCGAAAUGGUCUCGCUUACGCAGCUGACUUGCCUUAUGUAGCUCAUCGACAAAAUUCCUGUAAUGUCAAUGGAAACACUACCAAGAUACAGACUGCCUACUUCCUUCACCCCGAUGAGCAGUCCAUGAUUGACUGGUUGGUAGGUUUCGGACCAGUGAACAUUGGGAUUUCGGUACCACCAGACAUGAAAGCUUACAAAGGAGGAGUAUACACACCUAGCGCUUACGACUGCAAGUAUAGGGUUCUCGGUCUUCACUCUCUCUUAAUCACUGGCUAUGGGACCACAGAAACCGGCGAGAAAUACUGGAUUGUAAAGAACAGUUGGGGAAACACAUGGGGUGUUGAAAAUGGCUACGUCUACUUUGCCCGGGGUAUCAACUCCUGCGGCAUCGAAGACGAACCUAUAGGCGUUUUAGCCUAA